AAAGUGAGGACUGGGGACGGGGUGUGUCCAAGUAUCGUAGCGGGGCGCUCGCUCAGUGCUCCACGCUUCAAACCCGGUCACACUCAGCCCAGUCCUGUCAUGGCAAGCGCAGCGGUGUCCUCGCUUCUUGCGGCGUUUUGGUUGCACCUGCUCCCGUAUGAGCCUGCCUUCGGGUCUCUGGUCUCCAUCACCGAUCCGACUUUCAUCCAGGAGUGCGUCGACCAGCACAACAAGUUUCGUAGGGAAGUGGUACCGCCCGCCAGCAACAUGUUUGCGAUGACGUGGGAUGAAGCACUUGCUAAAUCUUCAAGAGCAUGGUCAAGAAAGUGCCUAUUCAAGCAUAAUCCAUACCUGCAAAAGAAGGGAACAGUGCACCCCACCUUCUUUCCUGUAGGAGAAAACAUUUAUAUUUCCACAGGGAGUUUCAAUGCCAAGAAUGCUAUUAAACGAUGGUAUGAUGAAGUGGCUGACUAUGAUUACAGUACAAACAGCUGUAAACCAAAACGACAGUGUGGACAUUACACGCAGGUUAUAUGGGCAAAUUCUUAUAAAGUUGGAUGUGCAGUUUCUGAUUGUCCCAAAGGAAUUAAAUCUUCUGGAUUUAAAGGACCAGGUGUAAUUUUUGUCUGUAACUAUGCACCAGCUGGAAAUUAUAUUGGGACCUUACCAUAUACAUCAGGUACUUCUUGUGAAUCGUGCACUGACAAUUGCCGUGACAAAUUAUGCAGAGACAUAAAACGGGAUGCUAUCAGAAAAUACCCUAACUGGAAUCCAAACUUCGGAUCAGCCUCCUUUUACUCCUGUAACCAACUGCUGCUACUCACCUCUAUUAUUGUGAUAUAUGUUUUGCAGUAACUACCUAAAUUUCAGGGCUUUUUGUUUUACCCUGAUUCAGGUUGAGAGGAUAUAAAGUUCUAUGUUGUGUGUCAUCAUUGUCAUUUUCUAUCCCACAAGCUUUUGAAAGAUUUGCAAGUAAUGAUCUCAUUACAGCUUUCUGGUCAAUUUCCAAGCUGGAAUGCCUACCUUUUGCAAGGCAUUCUGUGUAGUAAGCUAGCCAAUUACUGACACAAACUAUAACUUAAGCCAGAAAAUUACAUGAUUGGCAAAACUAUUCAAAGUUGUUCAGAUAAACUUAGUAAUCUUUAUCUGCUCAACUGUUUGAGUUACCCAGAGCAGUCAAGAACUUUCUUCCAUUGAAUAAUUAGAAUUUAGCUCGCUAAAUCAGAAUGUCUCUCUAAACUUAAUUCAAAUAUGUAAUUGUUUUGUGGUAGAAAAAGUUUGUUAAAUUUUCCUGUAAAUCUAUAAUGUAAUAUAAGGAAUGCUGGUUUGAUUUUGUUUCCGUAUUGUUUUCUGCCAUCUCGUGAAGUUGAAUUGCCAAAAAAGUUUAUUCCAGUUCACCACUGUAUUACAGAGAACAUCUGUAAGGAACUUAGCAUACCUUGUGGUUAUACUUUAUGGCAGAUUUCCUUUGUUGUUAGUUAGGUAUCUAGUUCCAAUUAGUACAACUACUGGUGAACUCAAUAUCAGAUAAAUGCAAAUGUCAAAACUUCUUUGUGUUCUUUCUCCAGUUAACAGUUUACAUGAUUCCUCAGGUUCUCUUUCAGUCUGCUUAAAAACAAUUAUGGUGAUUUUGCUUUUUUUCAGGCAUGUAUAGUACCAACUGGCACAGCAUAUAUUACUAAACCAUCUAAAUGAUUAGGUGUGCCAUGUUCCUUACCAUCCUUGAGAUCCAUUUUACUGUGACAACAGGAUCUCAAUUGAGAACAAAAAGUAGAAAAUGUUGGAAACAUUCAAAAAAGUAGGCAGAUCAGUAAAGGAAAGAAAAAUGUUGAAUUUUCAUGGAUGCUGAGUAUUUUCAGCAUUUUCUGUUUCUGUUUCAGAUUUCCUGAGUCCAUAGUAUUAAAACAAAGUUAAUCCAUAGUAGAUCCAGUUUAAAAUCACUAAAAAUAAGUACAACCAUAUUUUUUGUUUGAACAAUGAUAUGAGUUGAUCCCUUUGCAUACUGGAAACUGCCAACCCUGAAGGCUACAAUAUAAAUAAGGUAUAAAAAUAUUAUUUUGUACAAUUAUGGUAUAACAUCAUUAGACACCAUGCUGGCAACUUACAUGAAAUAGUGUCACAUGAGAAAUCAAAUAUCAAUUGUGGGUUUCUUGCAUAAGGGAGGGUUUCUGUAGCUAAUUUUUUAAAAGGAUAUGUAUUUUGAAUUUCAGCAAAAGAUUUAAACAUUCCUGUUGUUAUUUUAAAUUGAGCAGAUAAUAAUAUUUUUCUGUUUUGGAAGUCUGCAGAUAGAUAUUUAAGUCAGAACAUUUCCAGAAUUAAUUCUCCGUAAUUGAGUACUGUAAAAUUGAGUGAUUGUAAAAUUUAAAAACCAUAAUUGUUAAUAAAAUGCAUGUUCUCUGUUGA